AGAACCCCGGCGUAUGCUCAAGAGGCGCCGUGGUCUCCUUGAAACUGGGGUCAUAGAACCCCUCGCGCUUGCGCAAGAGACCCCGUCUGGUUAAAUUCCUUCGGACAUGGCGUGAGAAUGCCGCCGGAACUCCAGACGAAUUGAAAUCUAAAUACUGAAUUAAUUUAUUGUCAAUUGUCUAUUGUGUUACGGAACAAAGUUAUCAUCUAACGUCGUCUAUUGCAACAUUGCAGAGAAGGUCGUAUGUACAAGCAUGGUGAAUUCGACGGACGUUAAAAAGGCAUCGAAUAAGACGUAAGAAACAUGUUAUGUUACGAUGGAAAGCUCAGCCUAUUUUGUUUCACUGUGGCCAGUUUGAUUGCGAUUCUGCCAGAGGUUCUACUGAGAUUAGAAUUUGAUGUUCCUCAGGCAUACUUCAAUAAUAUUUGGAUCACCCAUUUGUUUCAAUAUGGAUUUUUGAAUUUCUUCCUACUUCUUGCAUUUCGUGGCUUCUCUUACAAGGUUGCAGUCAGAGCAGUAUUUCUUGGGUAUGCUUUUGGAUGUGGAAUAUUAUUGUCUGCAAUUGCCGUACCUUCAUGGCAAACGUUUGGCAUAUAUAUCACCAUGUUGGCUAUAUUUCAUUAUUCAGAGUUCCUGAGCAUAGCAUGGAUAAAUCCAUCCACUCUAUCCAUAGACAGUUUCAUUUUGAAUCAUAGUAUAGCUUAUGGAAUGGCAGCUUGUUCUAGUUGGGUAGAGUUUACUGUGGAGAGACAGUAUUUUCCAGGGAUGAAAGAGUUGUCUUUUGUAUCAUAUUUUGGACUGAUAUUGUGCAUUUGCGGUGAAGUGUUACGGAAACUAGCAAUGUUCACAGCUAAGCAUAAUUUCAAUCACAUUGUACAAAGCGAAAAGAUGGACAACCAUGAACUCGUUACUUAUGGAGUCUACAAGCUUUGUAGGCAUCCAAGUUAUGUGGGCUGGUUUUACUGGUCCAUAGGGACGCAGCUGAUACUUCAGAAUCCAUUUUGCCUACUGGCAUACGCAGCGGCCUCUUGGAGGUUUUUCCAUGAUCGCAUUUUAAUCGAAGAAAUCACUCUGCUCAAUUUCUUUGGACAAGACUACGUAGAGUACCAGAAACGUGUUGGUACAGGACUGCCUUUCAUACCUGGCUACAAAUUGAAUUUAUAGCAGCCAGUCUCCGUUUAAACGUCUCCAUGUAUAAGUAAUUAAUUGCUAGGAAACAGCUCCAUAAUUAAGAAUUAUAGCGUAACCAAUAAAGCAGUGAUC